UGAAUGACAACAGUGCUAUUUACAUGAAGAACAAAGACUAAUCCGUUGACGACCUGUUUUUUUGUUCAGAGAAAAGGUUUCAAAUUGAAGAAGGUACAUUAUUACCCAUUAGUCAUCUAAAGGAAGAUAACUGAAUAAACACAAAAACAUCAUCAUGGACCAAGGUACACAAAACCGCAAAGGUUCAAGAUAUGCUGUUUUAUGUUCGGUGGUCACUUCCAUGAUAUCCAUCAUAUUUGGCUAUGACACUGGAGUUAUGAGUGGAGCACUGAUAUUCAUAAGGGAGGAGCUAGGAAUCAGUGACACCCAACAAGAAGUUCUUGCAGGCAUCUUAAACGUUUGUGCAUUGGUAGGGUCUUUAGUUGCAGGAAGGACCGCUGAUUACAUUGGUCGACGGUACACAAUUUCCUUAGCAUCCAUCCUUUUCUUGGUUGGUUCAGUACUCAUGGGAUAUGGACCAAACUACGGACUUGUAAUGGCGGGAAGGUGUGUGGCGGGUGUUGGAGUGGGUUUUGCUCUUUUGAUAGCACCGGUUUAUUCUGCAGAAAUCUCCUCUGCUGAAGCCCGAGGCUUUGUAGCUUCCCUACCUGAGCUUUGUAUCGGCAUUGGAAUUUUACUUGGUUACAUAGUGAACUACUUGUUAGGGAAAUUGCCUUUGAAGCUUGGAUGGAGAUUGAUGCUUGGUCUUGCAGCAGUUCCUUCACUUGCUUUGGCUGUGGGCAUUCUCGCAAUGCCGGAGUCUCCGAGGUGGUUGGUGGUGCAAGGCCAUUUAGCAAAAGCAAAGAACGUUCUAUUACAAGUUUCAGACAGUGAAGAAGAAGCCGAGCUUCGGUUCAGGGAGAUAAAGAGUGCUGCUGGGAUUGACGAGGAUUGCACUGAGGAAAUGGUUAAAGGCUCUCGAAAUAGCUCUGGUGAAGGGGUUUGGAAAGAGCUGAUUUGGAGGCCUUCUUAUCCUGUUCGCAGGAUGUUGAUUGCAGCAGUGGGGAUUCACUUUUUUGAGCAUGCCACCGGAAUUGAAGCUGUUAUGUUAUACAGUCACAGAAUCUUCAAGAAAGCUGGUGUUACCAGUAAGGACAAGCUUUUGCUCGCCACCAUUGGAAUAGGCGUUACAAAAGUCUCUUGCUUGAUAAUGGCCACUUUUUAUCUUGACAGAAUUGGAAGACGCCGCCUCUUGUUUAUAAGCACUACAGGAAUGAUUUUUAGCCUUACCUUGUUGGGAUUCAGCUUGACAAUGGUGGAGAAAUCUCAUGAGAAGCUGGAGUGGGCCUUGGUUCUCAGCUUGGUGUUUACUUACGUAUAUGUUGGAUUUUUCAAUCUUGGACUUGCACCUGUGACAUGGGUGUAUGGCUCAGAGAUUUUCCCUCUGAGGUUGAGAGCACAAGGAGCAAGUAUAGGAGUUGCAGUGAACAGACUCACCAAUGCUACUAUUUCCAUGACUUUUAUUACAAUCUAUAAUGCAAUAACUAUUGGGGGCGUCUUUUUCUUGUUUGCUGGUUCAUCUGUUCUGGCUUGGCUCUUCUUCUACUUUUUCUUGCCCGAAACCAAGGGCAAGGCCUUGGAAGAGAUGGAGAUGGUUUUCAGCAAAAAGUCUCAAAGGAAUGCAACUGCAGAAACCGAAACGGGGCAGAAUGUGUAGUGGGUGUUUACAACUUGUUGCUCAAGUCUUGGAGGGGCAUGUCAUCUGAAAAAAUUUGCAUCAAUAACUGUUUCAAAGACGUCAACCAAGUCUAUAAAGUUUGUUCCUUUCAAUUGUCACCACGAGUUACACCUCUGUCUCAGUCUAAUGCAAGUCCCUCAAUUAACCAGCUAUUAUUGGGCUGUAUUUAGUUGUUUAAGUUGAGUUAAGAAUUUUUUUUAAGAGAAGUGUGUAUAUUUUUAUC